CUGUGAAUGCGCUGAUGAUGUCGACAAGCCCUGCUGCGGACGCAGCUGCCGUUCCCACUCUCCAAGCUCACCUCCGCAUCGCGCGCCCCACUCGCUCCAUCUCAGCCCUGCUCCCCUUCUACACUACCGGGCUUGGCUUCCAAACCAUUGGCUCCUUCAGACAGCAUGCUGGUUUCAACGGUGUGAUGCUCGGCCACCCAUCUCUGCCAUAUCACCUCGAAUUCACCGAGCAGGAAGGCCAUGAUCCUGGUCAAGCGCCUACACAAGAGAACCUGCUCGUGUUCUACUUGCCGAAGAAAGAAGAGUGGGAUGCAGCGGUUCGGAGGAUGAAGAGUACUGGUGUUGAGCCGGUUAAGAGCUACAAUCCUUACUGGGAUGUUGAUGGCAAGGGAAAGACACAUGAGGAUGCUGAUGGGUAUCGAGUUGUUCUUUGGAAUGGAGGAUGGAGUCCCUCUUAGAUACGGAGAGGCUAGUAAAGCCUAUACACAGCCCUUCUCUCAUGCUCAUAGCGUGUAGAUGAACUCAGGGUUCUCCUUAUCCGUCAAAUCCAGCCACUCCUGGUUCUCCAACCGCACAUAGCCCGGCGCCGAGCGGAUCUGGGCCUUUUUCUUGUUUUGGUGGACGCAGUAGAAGUGGAUGAAUGCGAGGAUGCCCAGACAAACACCCCAGCAGACGAUGAUGGUUACUUCGGCGGGAACGUAGCGUGGUGCGUCGCUAGGGCGGAAAGUCUGUGGGCCUGUAGCAUGUCAGUCACAAUGGACGGCUAGAGAUAGCAAAGUGAAUAGAACCCACCGAUGAUGUUACCGACA